AUGGCUGUGUUUUAUGAUCUCGAGGAUGGCGACGACCAGCAGUCUGCCAGUCAAUGGAAUCAAGACCUUCGCUCUACCAUGGCCAUCACAGGCCGGCUAAAACCGGUUCUCGACAAGUCUGCCACAGACGAUAUCAACAUAUUGGCUGCAGCUCUUACCUGCUAUCCGAUCGCCUUAUCCAUCGCCGCACACCUCGAUCUCAACGAUCUACAUGCGCUGGCAGCAUCGUGUCGAAUCGUUCAUCGAAGUCUGCGACAAUAUGCACAGCAACUCAAGGCUCGAUCACUGCGGUGUAGCCAAGAUCCCACACUGAGCAAAGAGACUCGGAUAGCACCCGGUGAUGCAUAUGAUGGAGCGGCAUUCAUAGAAAUGUCUGUGUCCGCCAUUGCUUCAUCCCAACAUUGGGGAUAUAAUCCCUACCAGACUGAAAGAGCAGGGGAAUAUCCCACACCCUAUAACUCUCCUCCAGGUUUGCCGAGUAAGAGCAGUGCCUGUGCGAGAGAUUUAGUUGCGGGAUGUCGCAGUUGUGCAACUGUGGUUUGCCGCAAUUGCACUGUCAAAGCCCCUCCUAGUUCCUGGCUCCAAGAUCGGUACCGGAGAUUGUGCAAAACAUGUUUGGAUGCUCCCUUUGGAGAACAUCUACAGCCACUUCGCAUGACAUCAGAUGGACUCGAAGGGCACCUUCACUCCAGUGCAAGUUCUGUCAAAUCAGAACGCUCUUUUUCCGCCUCCUCUAGCUCAAGCCGUAACAAGUGUGAGGAAGCUUUGUCGGAUCAAGAAUACCAUGACACGCCCAGCUCGUCGACUGUCUUGCGAGGACCCUGCAUUUGCGCCUCACAUGGGACGUUUUUGUGCACAGAUUGUGGGCAGAAUCUUCGAUCAGCUGACACUACCUACAAGCGAGUAUGGACUUGGCGCUCUCGCUAUUCCACUCAUAUUGGUGGAGGGUUAGGAACGGGUCUAGGCCAGGGUAAUCAGGGGCAGAAGUGUGGUCGAGGAGAAUACUGCCUCGAUAGCAGUGUAACGGCUGUUUGUUGGGUCGAAAUCGACUGUGCUGAGGGAGCCAGCCAGGAAGCAGGCCGUGAUUCAGACCACGGUAGUCUGAUAUCGUCUGCAGGGAUGGCAGACUAUCCCACCAACAAGCCAGGUUAUUUCCAGCAAGAAAUAGAAGGGAUAGGUGGGGUUGUCAAGAAGAAGGUGAAAAAGAGAGUCAAGGUCGGGGCGACGGUAUGGGAGUUUGAGGAUGAACGAUCGAGCGGGAAAUACCUUGAACGAGAGUCGCGUGGGAAACUACGAAGUUGGUGUGGAUGGUGCAAUCGAGUUGUACCAGGCGAAGAGGAUGAACUGGGAGAUGACAAGCAGUUGGUGAUGAUAUGA